AUUCGGUCAUUAUAAAAGUCAAUGCCCCCGACUGCAGGGGAGGUAUGGAGGAAGCAGUGGAACUCUCUCGCUAAGUAGAGAGCUUGAAGAUUCGCUGAGUUCGGUGGGUAAGAUGGCAAAACAGAUUCUGGACCAGCAAAAGGAAGUCGAGGAGGCGAAACAAGCAGCCGAUGCUAAAGCAAGGAAAGAAGAGGAGGAGAAGGCCUCAAAAGAAGAAGCGACUAGGAUCGCGCUUGUGAAAAAACUCGCCAAGGAAGAGAAAGAAAAGAAGCGACAAUGGAAGCUGAAGAAGCUGCUAGCUUAACAAGCCGAAGAAUACGAGUUGAAGUUGGAAAAGUUGGUCGGGCUAAGUAAGAAGAUGAAGGGCGUCACCAUUGGUGCAAAGCAGAAAGAAAAAGCGAUUGAAACACCGCCAUCGAGUGACGAUGACGCUGAGGAAGACGAGGCAGAGGAGGAAGCAACACCAUUGAAAGGUAAAAGGAAGCGUCGAGAUUCAACUGGGGCUGUGGAGAACAGUCCGCCGGUCGAGACGUCGAAGAAACAAGGAAGAAAAGAAAGCGUGGAGACACCUGCAAGUCAGAAGCGCAAAGGUCGUGGAAGACCGACCAAAGCAGAAGCUCAGGCCACGAGAAUGGCGAAGGGAGAAGAUCCAUGGGAAGGUGUUCCUAUGGGAGAGAAGUUCGCGACCGAGACGGCGUAUCGGAAAGCGGUACGAAAGGCAAUAGGGGCAUUUUACUCAGAAACUUUGAAGGCAAUGUGCAAAGGUGUCGGGCUGCCGUUCUAUGGAGUGAAUGACGUGAUCGAUACUCUUUCAGAGUUGAGGGUGAGAUAUUGUUUUCGAGGUGAUGAUCUCCGGAAGAUUGAGAUCUAUGUUACCAAGCGGUGUUCCGAUGUCCUGAACGAGAUUCCUGUGCAUAGGAUUAAUAUUGUGGUCGAGGUGAUUGAGCUCCUGGUAUUUGAUGUGGCACGCGAACAUGAAGGAAAGCUAACAACACAAGCCGCGUGGGAGGCGUUUGUAGAUCCGUCAUUGGUGGAUCGUGAGUACCUUCAAGGCGCUAUCUGUGAGGGUGCAUUGUAUGACAGGUAGUUGUUGUUGUGAGGGUUGGGGAGUAUAUUGCGAAGGUUUAUCUACGCUUAAGCUCG